CACUCACAGAACUUUUGCUUAUUGAGUUCAUUGUGACAGUAAAACCGAAAAAUUGAAAUAAAUUAAGUCGCCAAUUUAUUGUUUAUAAUGACAAUGUCGAUGAACCUGGAUUCUUAAGCGCAUACAUACAUAUAUGGGUAUCAAAUAACUGCUUCAAGUGCCUUAUUUUUUUAAAUAUAGAUCAUUAACUUAACUCAAUUCAUCGUAAUUAUGUUGAAUAUUGAAAUUUUAAAUAGUGUUACGUCUUUUUCUUUAAUCUAAAUUGUGAAUUUAAAACAUAUUUUUAUUGAGCGUUACGCCUUUGUUGAAAAUGGAGGUACCAGUAGCUUCAGCAGAAGUUCUUCUUAAAAGAUUUCUAUACAUUUCUGAAACAGAAUGUGCUUAUGUGCCAGGAAAUGUGUUUGCUCACCAAUUUAAGAAAAAUCAAGAAACUGUUUAUGAUCUUAUAUUACAACUUCAAAAUGGUGAAAAACAUAUUCUCAUAGAAAAAAUAUUCAAAGAUUAUUUGAAGUCGGGGAAAACGCCUAAUAAUGACAAUGCCAUUUAUGCUCUUGCACUUUGUUGUCGACGAGGUGAUGUUAAAACUAGUACUAUGUGUUAUAAGCUUCUUUCUGAAGUUUGCAGUACAUCAGAAGAUUUGAUGCUUUUUGUGAAAUUCCUAUGCAAUGAUUUUGUGGAGACGAAAAAAGGUUUUGGUAAAGGAACGCGGAAAGCCAUUUCAAGAUGGUAUCUUUCUCAGGAGCCUCUACAGUUGGCCAAAGCCGUGGGAUUUUGUAAAUCAAAACAUGGACGAUCCCAUAAAGACAUUCUUACUAUGGCACACAUAAAAACUGACGACCAAAAUAUCAAUGCUAUUUUGGCAUAUGCUGUAAAUGGAUACCAAAAAGCGAAGGAAAAGGUUGAAUCAGUUGAAGGGAUGUCAGAAGAACCAUAUUUCAAGCUUUUGUCCGAUUUGAACGAUUUCAAAUCAUGUGAUGAUGCAGAAAAAGCCAGCCACUUUAUUGAAGUUUAUCAUUUUCCAGUUACUUUGACGACCAACACAGAUAAUAAAGUCUCGUGAAGUUUGGACGGCAGCGGUAAAUAAUUUUUCUUUGAACGAUGUCUUGUUUUAUAUACAUCGCUUACAAAAUAUGGGAUUUUUGACUGCAUCAAAUAUUAAUUCCAAGAAGAUUUUACCUAAGGUUCUUAGCUAUCUAAGAG